GGACCUUAACAGUCCCAGGAUAAUCCGGCAAUUGUUUACCUUCUCUAUAAAUAGUUCUCCAUUCACUUAGAAGCCGUUCAUUCCCUCAACCCAUAACUGCCUUUCAUAGCUUCAUAGUACCGAACCAAGAAUGACACCCUUAGCAGCAAAGACACUACUUCCCAACCUGUUCGUUUCAUGCCAAGGUUUUUUUGUCUUUUUCGUCAUCCUCUCAUCGGUCUUUCCUUUCAAUUCCACUGGUCUUUCUUCUCCUGCAACUGGAAAAGAUGUUGGAGAAGAAGGAAUACAAGCAGCGGCGCUCUUGGCGUGGAAAGCUAACCUUGACAACCAAAGUCAAUCCCUCUUGUCCUCAUGGGUUGUCGGAAGCAACCACUGCAAUUGGAUUGGAAUUGGUUGUAAAAGGGCUGGCAGAGUCAUCACUCAUAUUGACCUUAAUAGUCAUGGUUUGAGAGGUACACUAUCGAAUCUAAAUUUCUCAUCUCUCCCUCAUCUUCUCAGCUUUAAUCUUACAAACAACUCACUUUAUGGGACCAUCCCCUCCAGCAUUGGUAGCCUUUCAAGUCUCACCAAUCUUAGCUUGUCCGCCAACCAUCUUUCCGGCUCAAUACCACCUGGAAUAGGCCAAUUGUCAAAUCUCAAGAUCUUGGAGCUGAACCAAAAUCAAAUAGGUGGCCCCAUCCCCAAGGAGAUAGGAUCGCUCAUUUCUCUUAUUGAGCUCACUUUACAUUCAAACAAUCUCUCUGGUCCAAUUCCUACUUCUAUAGGGAACUUGUUGAACUUAACCACUCUUUUCCUUCACCGCAAUCGUCUUCCCGGGUCGAUCCCCAAAGAAGUAGGGAUGCUGAGGUCUCUCAUUUAUCUCAGACUCGCAAUAAACAAUCUCACAGGUACAAUCCCUGCUUCUAUAGGGAACCUAAAAUUCCUUGUGUCUUUGGCUGUAUUUGAUAUACUUACUGGAUCUAUUCCCCCACAAUUUGAAAAUCUUACACUUUUGGGAGCUUUUUAUGCAAGUGGUAACAUGUUCACUGGUCAUUUACCAGACCUAUGCAUACGUGGAUCACUUCAAAACUUUACAGCCACACAUAACAAUUUCAAUGGACUCAUCCCCAAAAGCUUGAAAAAUUGUAGCAGCUUAUACAGGGUAAGGCUUGAGGGAAACCAACUUUCGGGAAACAUAUCAGAAGAUCUUGGAAUAUACCCGAAUUUGGAUUAUAUUGAUUUGAGCGACAACAAUUUCUAUGGCAAACUCUCUCCAAAAUGGGGAAAGUGUAAAAAUUUAAAAAGUCUCAAAAUGUCCAACAAUAAUAUUUCUGGAGGGAUACCCCCUGCAUUGGUAGAGGCAACCCAACUUUCUAGACUUGAUUUCUCUUCAAAUCAUUUAGUGGGAGAGAUCCCAACGAAAUUCGGUAGUUUGGUUUCUUUGUUUGACCUUAAGUUGAAUGACAACCAACUAUCAGGUAAUAUUCCUCCAGAACUCGGCCUCCUUCCAAACUUAGUGACUCUAAAUUUGGCAACUAACAAAUUAAGUGGCUCAAUCCCUCGAGAGCUAGGAGAUUGUAUGCGGCUAUUGAACUUGAGUUUGAGCAAUAAUAGACUUGGGGAAAACAUUCCUUUGGAACUAGGUCAACUCCAUGGCCUUGAAAGUCUUGAUUUGGGUGAGAACUUG